AUGAAAUUUUCAUUAUUAUUAAUUUCCUUGGCCCUUUUGGGUUCAAGCUUUAGUGUUAAUGGCUUUAAAGUCUCUGGCAAUAAUACUGCUAAUGGUCGUACUUUCAAGUGGAAAUUGUGUGCUAUGGGUAAAACUGAAUUUUGUCCACCAGCACCACCAGUUGAACCCACUCUAACUGAGACAAUAAUACCUACUGAUAUUACUCCAACAUUAACACCAACAUUACCACCGUUGACACCAACACUGACACCAACAACGCCAACAUUAACACCAACAACACCAACAUUGACAAAUACAGAUACUGACCUACCUACCUCUUUGACUACUCCCCCAACAACGGAAACAAGUGAAGCUCCCACCGAUCCUGAUGCUCCUCCUCCUCCUCCUCCACCACCAGCAGCCGAAGCGAGAGCUUUUGAAGUCUUUGAAAAUGAUGAGGAUGAUGAAGAAAAUGCUUUAGAUGAUGAUGAUAUGGAGUCCGAUGUCACAGAUGGCCGUGCUCGUCGUAUUAGACGUCGUAAAAAUCGUCGUAACCGUCGUUUACGUAGACGUAAAGUAAGUCGCAAGAACAAAAAUCGUAAAGCACGCAGAAACCGUAAGAUCCGUCGUCGUAAUCGUCAAAUCAAACGUAAUCGUAAAAUCCAACGUCGCAAUCGUAAGACCCGCAGAAAUCGUCGUCGUGGUAUCCGUGUUGUACGCAGACGUGGCAAGAAGACCGUUGGUUAA